AUGACUAGGGCUAUUCGGAAUAGGGUACUCAAAGAUGCUAAUGGUGAUAUUAGUGAUCAUUUACGCAACCACAUUCAUUUAACAAAUUGUAUUCACUUGAAGAACCAUAUGCAUAAAAACAGUCCAAUACUCGCUGAUAGGUCUAUUAUGAGAGACCUUGUUGUGCUUCAAAGAUCGCGGUCUCUUCGGGACCCUUCUGCGAGUCCUCCGUCAUGGCAUUCUCCUUCUGUGGUUGACUUGCUUUUCAAAAGAGGAGAAAAUGAUGGUGUGAAUCAAGGGGGGAGGAGGUCCCUUGGUGUUGAUAGUCGGAAGGAAGGUAGGAGGUUGUCUGGAAUUGGAAACUCCCCACCGUUGGUGAGUAAAGGUACAUCGAGAGUUGCUCCAGGCGAGGCUAGUAGGGGUAACGAUGCAGUGCCGGCGGCAACUAGUGAACGGAGUAGCAGGAGUGGAAUCGGGGAUGGGAGGAGAGUUGGGAGAGAAGAAUCUGGCAGGAAGAGUAAUAGGCCUGAUUAUUUGGAAGUUAUCAGUCAAGAGCAACUUCUUCACGAGGCUGGAAAAAGUUUGGCGGAAGAUAUUGUUUCGAGGCAUUCUCAAUCUUUGGAGAGAAAGAGUAGACAGCGGGGAAAGAAUGUUCGAGAAGUUCAAGUUAAGACUCUUUCUGAACAGCUGAAUGAUGUUCCUUUGGAUAGUGAUGAUUUGGCAUCAUCAAACAUUCAUUUUCGGGCAAGGUUUCCAAGACAAGAGAAAAUUGUUGAGGCACAACAGGCCAGCAUGCGCAAUCAUGGAAAUGGAAUGAAUAGGACGAAAAGGCGAAAAUUCCGAAGUGCGAGAAGAGCUCGGGUUGCUACAACAUCAAGAGAUAUUGGAGCCGAGAAUGAAUUGUCCGUGGCUUCAAACUCAUUAGCUGAGGGUUCAGCUCACCAGAAAUAUCACUCGGAGGAGGUCAAUGAUUAUGCAAAUGAUAAUGUUACUAGAGCACCCAAAAAUGGGUGUGGCAUGCCUUGGAAUUGGUCCAGAAUUCAUCAUAGAGGUAAAUCUUUCCUUGACAUUGCUGGAAGAAGUUUGUCCUGUGGUUUAUCUGACUCAAGGUUAAAGAAAGAGGCACUUCCUUUACUAGUUGACGCAUCUGGAUCUCAUGGAAGCACUGAAAAUGCUUGUUGGGGCCGUGGUUAUUCAGGCGAACUAUGUAUUUAUGGUGACAAUUUAUUGAAGCAAGAUAUCGAUUCUGAUCUUGCUUCUGAAGCUAGAUCUGGUAGCCAACAUAAUAAGUUGAGACGGAAUCAUCAUAGUAGACACCAAAGUUUAACACAAAAGUAUAUUCCACGAACCUUCAGAGACAUGGUUGGACAGAAUUUAGUGGCACAAGCUCUUUCAAAUGCAGUGAUGAGACGGAAAGUUGGAUUGCUGUAUGUGUUUUAUGGUCCCCAUGGCACCGGGAAAACUUCCUGUGCUCGCGUAUUUGCAAGAGCUUUGAAUUGCAGUUCGUUAGAACACCCAAAACCUUGUGGCUUUUGCAAUUAUUGCGUAGCACAUGAUAUGGGAAAGAGUAGAAAUAUAAGGGAAGUUGGUCCAGUCAGUAAUUUUGACUUUGACAACAUCAUGGAUCUACUCGACAAUAUGACUGUUUCCCAGCUUCCGUCGCAGUACAGAGUGUUUAUUUUCGAUGAUUGUGAUGCUCUAUCGGCUGAUUGUUGGAAUGCUAUAUCCAAGGUGUCAAAAAUUCUUUUUCCCAAAGUUGAAGGAUUCAGAUAUUACGGAUCGUUGAGAGACGCCGAGAUGACACUUGAACAACUUAGUUUGCUUGGGCAGAGAAUUUCCGUUCCUCUAGUUCAAGAAUUGGUUGGGCUUAUCUCUGAUGAAAAGUUGGUGGAUCUGCUUGAUUUGGCAUUAUCUGCGGACACGCUUGCUACGGUAAUUACAGAUAUACUUGCCGGGACCUAUGAUUUCGCUAAAGAAAGGCGAAGAAGGAAGUUCUUCCGAAGACAACCAUUGUCCAAAGAAGAUAUGGAAAAGCUUCGUCAAGCUCUAAAAACUUUAUCUGAGGCGGAGAAGCAGUUAAGAAUGUCUAAUGACAAGCUAACCUGGUUGACAGCUGCGUUGCUUCAACUUGCUCCUGACCAGCAGUAUGGGUUACCGACUUCAUCUGAUAAUAGCUUCCACCAUAGUCCCUUUGCUCUAAACAAUGGAAAUGUGAUGAAAGAAGCUACUAGAAACACCAGUAAUCCUGUUGAAAUUCCUAAUAGAACAAGACGAAAAUCAAUGGAUGCUAGAAUAGAAAAUUCUAUUGCUGGAAAUUCGACAGAUAGAAGACAUAGCGUUUCUGGUUUUCCUCCUCAACAUACUUGUUCACAUUCCACUGAUAAGACUAGGAUAAAUGAAAGGCAGAAUUCGGAUAAAAACCGCAAAGAAAUCGAAGAAAUAUGGUUAGAGGUGCUAGAGAGGAUUAACUAUCCUGGUCUCAAAGAGUUUUUGUAUAAAGCAGGAAAGCUGAUCUUCAUUAGUUUUGGGGCAGCUCCAACUGUGCAACUAAUGUUUAACUCUCAACUUUCAAAAUCUACGGCUGAGAAGUUCACUGGUCACAUCUUACAAGCAUUUGAAUCUGUCCUUGAAUCUUCUGUAACCAUAGAAAUUAGAUGUGAAUCAAAUAAAGAUGCAGACUUGCCUCUUGUAUUGCCUGCUAUCAAUGAUGGUUCAUCUCAGAUACGAGACUUAAUUGAUGUUGGCACUGAGAAGAGAAGGGGUGAAAUCAUAGAAGAAGACGAAGAAGCCUCUCAUAUGGAGCACAAGAAUAUUGAACAGCAGGGUAUGGGACAAGUGUCAAUGUCUCAAAAAACACCGAUUGCUGUGUCACAUAGUCAAAGUCGAAGUCUUGUAAGAAGUAAGGUAUCUCUUGCUCAUGUAAUCCAGCAGGCAGAAAGUCAACGAAGUGGGUGGUCAAAACGCAAAGCAGUUUCUAUUGCUGAAAAGCUCGAACAAGAGAAUCUGAGACUGGAGCCAAGAUCAAGGAGCUUGCUAGGCUGGAAAGCAUCUAGAGCAACUCGUCGGAAGCUGUCACGGUUGAAAAUACGAACCCGAAAAACACGCGCAUUGCUGAAUCUUAUCUCAUGUGGACAAUGUCUCUCCACAAAAUCUCCCAGGUAG